AGACCUCUCUCAUCCUCCGGCGGGGCUGCAGGGUGUCGGAGGAGCACCGGGACGGGACCGGGACGGGACCGGCUCCGGGAAGGCGCGAGGCGGCCGGCGGACACGCACGAGGAGGAGCGCCGUCUCCGCAAAAAGUUUGGACUGCGAUAAACUGAUGCUGGAUGCGACAUCUCCAGCUAUGAAACGUCCGUUCAGCCCGUCGCCUCUUCCAGUCGCCGAUCCGGACCGGAGGCACCCGGGCCUCCCGAUGGACGACGGCGAGUCCUGCUGCGACGCCCAGGACGAGGGCGGGGCGCCGGGGGAGCGGUCGGCGGGCGGCGCCGCGCUCUCCGCCCUCCACCGGCCCAAACGGGAGAGGAAGCAGCGGAGCUACACGCUGUGCGACGUCUGCAACAUCCAGCUGAACUCCGCCGCUCAGGCCCAGAUCCACUACAACGGGAAGUCCCACCAGAAGAGGCUGAAGCAGCUCAGCAGCGGCAAGACGCCCGGCGGCGGCACAGGUACGUCGGCGCAGGGCAGCCCCCUCCUGGCCUCGCUGCCCGUCCCGGGCCGGCCGCUGCAGCCGCAGCUCGACCUCAAACACCUCCUGCCCUUCAGGCUCAACGGCUCGUCGCCGCUCAGCCUCUUCCCCAACUUCAACACGAUGGACCCGGUCCAGAAGGCAGUGAUCAACCACACGUUCGGCGUCCCUCAGCCCCUCAAGAAGAAACAGAUCAUCUCCUGCAACAUUUGCCACCUCCGCUUCAACUCCACGAACCAGGCGGAGGCGCACUACAAAGGCCACAAGCACGCCCGGAAACUGAAAGCCAUGGAGGCCCAGAAGAACCGGCAGCGGCGGGCCGGCGAGGCCUCGUCCGCGGGCCGGGACCGGGACCGGGACCGGGUCAAGGUGCCGGCGCCGGCGCCCGAGCCGCCUCUCCCUGCUCUCAUGGACUCCAGCUCAGUGGAGGGAACAGGUCUGCAGAGCGAGCUGGAGCCGGCGGCGCCGGAGGAGAGCCCCCGCAGCUCCGUCAUGCUGACGCCGGUGUCGGAGGUGUCCUCGGUGGAGCUGGCCGCCCUCUCCCCCCCGCAGGUCUCGCCUUCCUCGCAGCUCUCGGAGACGGCGUCGGACGCCGGCGCGCCCGAAGCCCCGGAGGCCGCCGAGGCCCCGGGGUCGGCCGGUGGCGAGCCGGCCGCCGCCGAGUCGGCCGGCCGCGCCGACGCCUUCGGGGAGCCGUGCGGCGACGACGACAAGGACCCCAAGAAGAGCAAAGCUCACCUUCACUGUCCCGUCUGUAAAGUCACGGUCAACUCCGUCUCCCAGCUGGAAGCACACAACAGCGGUACCAAGCACAAACUGAUGCUGGAGGGCCACAGCGUGCUGCCCCGGCGCCGGGGCAAGGUGGUGGCGGCUCGCGCCGGCUGCAAGAGCAAGAGGCUGGCGAGCAAAGGCAGCGUGGGGCUGCCCAGCAAGAGCUUCCAGUGCGAGGUGUGCGAGAUCUUCGUCAACUCCGAGACCCAGCUGAGCCAGCACAUGAACAGCAGGAGGCACAAGGAUCGGCUGGCCGGCAAGCCGCCCAAACCCAAGUUCACCCCCCACAGCAAGAGCCAGCCCAGCGCCGGCCUAGCGAACGUCAGAUGGAGCGGCUAUGCAGGCGUGGCUGUGUCUGCCAUGAAGAAGGCCUUCAGCCAGUGCAACCUCACCUCGCUGUCCUCGCAGACCAAACUGGCUCUGCAGAAGCAGCUGACCAAGAGCCUGACGACCGGCUUCCUGCCCGGCCCGCUCAGCCCGCCCACCCUGUGCACGGUGGCGGCCAACCCGCUGGCGCUGCGCCACCCGGUGGGCACCGCCGCCUUCAUCCAGACGCCCUUCCUGAGCCCCGCCCUGUUCCGGCCCGCCCCCGGGCCGCUGCGGGCCACGCACACGCCCAUCAUCUUCUCCCCGUACUAGAGACUCCGCCCCCUCCCCGGCCCCGCCCACCUCCUCUGUGACCUCCGCCCUCUGUCCCUUUACCGAACCCGUGACCCGCACCACACAGGCCACGCCCCAAACUAUGCAGGCCGCCUGACUGGACGAGCACAAGGCCCCCGGCUCCACAGCUGUUCUGACAUAAAGGCCACGACCCCCGUCAUGCCUUCUUCCUGCUCCGCCUCCCCGGGAGCGGCGGCGGCGGCGGCGGCCAGACACUGAGGCCGCCUUUACAGCCAUGUCCUGGAUUCUGGAUGUUCCGGUGUAAUUUAUUAGAGGACAGUCGUAGAGUAGUCGUAUGUUUAGUGUGGUUGCCACA